CCGGAAGUGAUGCUCCCCUGUGGGUCUGGAUUUCUUGAUCUGUUUUUCACUUUUUGUCCACGUUUUUGCUUUUCUCCAGCCGAAUCGGUGGCAAAUUGACGGAAAGACGCACUCUUUUUUUUUUGGCUCUUCCUCGCUACUUCGAGCCCCACUUGUGGUUUGCCCGUUCUUGCUUCUGGGUUUUGAUCUCUUCGCCCCCCACUUAUCUUAUGGGUAACCAACGAUUGAGAACCAAAAGAUCUGAACCUUUUCCUCUAUUUUAUCCGAUUUUUGCCUGAUUUCGUGCUUCGUCUUUUUCAUGGGAUAUAGGGUGGCUCUUCUUUUCCUCCAUGGAGAAGAUGGGGGAAUGCAGUGAAUUCAGGGGGUGGGAGGAGCUGAUUCCUGACGCCUUGGGCUUGAUAUUUCGGAACCUUUCGCUUCAGGAGAUUCUCACCGUUGUCCCCAGGGUCUGCAAGGCUUGGCGCCGGGCGGUCUCUGGGCCUUACUGCUGGCAAGAGAUCGACAUCGAGGAAUGGAGCCAGCGGUGCAAGCCGGAGCAUUUGGAUCGAAUGCUGCAGAUGCUUAUAACCCGGAGCUGCAACUCCUUCCGCCGGCUCUGCGUCUCUGGACUGCCCAAUGACUCCAUCUUUUCCUUCAUUGCAGAUCAUGCUGUUUCCCUUCAGACCUUAGAGCUGCCGAGGAGUGAAAUAAGUGACUCCAUUGUUGAACAUGUUGCACCGAAACUGUCAAACAUCACUUUCUUGGAUGUGAGCUACUGUAAAAAGAUUGGUGCUCGUGCCCUUGAGGCCUUUGGCAAGCACUGCAAGUCCCUUGUUGGGCUCCGUCGGAGAAUGCACCCACUGGAGGUGGCAGACAAGGUCUGCCAAGAUGAUGAGGCCCAGGCCAUAGCUCGUACGAUGCCCAAGCUCCGUCACCUCGAGAUGGCCUACCACCUCCUCACAACAUCCGGGGUCCUCGAGAUCCUCUCACGGUGCAAGGAUCUCGAAUACCUGGAUGUGAGGGGCUGUUGGGAUGUGAAGCUUGACGACAAGAUCCUGAAGGAGAGGCAUUCUAGUUUGAAGGUGCUGGGGCCUCAUAUCGUGGACUGCUACGAGAAGAGCUUCUGGGAUGAUGAUGAUACCCCCUCGUACUCGGAUUCCUCUCUGUAUUCAUGGGAUUUCAUGGAGGAUGGCAUCGAUGUCUAUGAGGGGGAGAGCGAUGAUGAUAAUGUUUGGGAUGAUGAGCAAGGCCUGGAGGGGUUGGAAGUCAGGUUCUAUGGUGGUGGGCUAAAUUUUGAAUUUGCUGGGUUUGAUUGGCCUCCAUCUCCAUGAGUAUUGUCUGUUUGCUUUUAAAGGGCUGCCUACACAUUCUGCUGCUACUAUUACUGUUUCUGCUGGUGCUUUUUAGAACCGCUAUAGUCUACUAUAAGUCCUAUUGUAUCUUUGAUUUGAUAUGUUGGAAGGGAUGCAUUUGAGUGUAAACUUGUUACAUGAAGCAAAUCAAAAGUGCAGGACCUCUUUGUUCAUCGCGGAGGGAAUCUCUAGUGGAUAAUUAGUUGUAUUUGUUCCAUGAAUAUUGUGAAAGCACUUGUAUGUGAGAAGUUAUUUCUGAUCUAAUAUGGUGAGGCAGGCUGGCAAUCAUUGGUUGAAACAGUUCGAUUAUUAUCCAGUGAUGAAUCAAAUGCAGCCAAGUUAUCAGUACUUGCCAUGUGCUUCAUAUUCUUGCUUAGAUUGCACUGCCUUGUGCACUGGCCUGAUCUUUUGGGGAUGGGGUCUUAUCAAACCGGUUAAACACCAAUGUCAGUGCUUAGAUAGCACUUUCUGAGGUAUCUGAAUCUUAGUUGGGAUGCUGUUUGAUUUGUUUUUUUUGGAGUCUCUGCAGGGCAGAUAAUUGAUUCAAAAUAAUUUGAAUAGAUCCAUGGUCGCUUUCUUUCACUCCACCGUUCCAACUGUGAUGCCAUGGAGAGGAGAAAUGAGAGGGUGCUGUUUUGUAUGAAUUAAUUGUUAUGUUCUAUGUGGCAAGGUUUCUGACAAAUGGGUCGGUAACUGUGGGGCAUGACCACGAGGAGAUUACCUAAAUGGAAGGGAAGAGUGUCGGUUUUGGUACCACUGUGGCCUUGUCCCUAUGGUCUCAGGACUAGGAGUUGACUGUUGGGGCUCAUGCUGUUUUCCUGAGAGAGAGGAAACAAGACUAGCAGAAUCUAAGAUUUUUUCUCUUUUUUUUUUUCGUUUUUUGCUCUCUCUAAAAGUCGUAAAUCAAAGCAUUAUCUUCGGCAGGGAGGUAAUGGAAUUGGUGUCUUGCAAGAAGAGUGUGAAAGAGCCAUGCAGCUAUAUGUCAAGAACUUGCACUCCAUCAUUGCUUAAUUUAAAGAUAUGUCCUUGGUUGUAGGAUUUGGUUGGCUCCACUAUUGUCUAACAACUGUGUAAAACUCUUAUUUGUUUUUUGAAAUGUUUGGAUUUGAUUACAAAAUGAAAUUUGAAAGCUUAUUCAA